ACUGCAACGAGUGUGUAACAAUUUCAAAACACAGCUCACACCGAACAAAAACUGCUUUAACUUAGCACUGGCGGUGGGCAUAUCCAAGCCAUGCCUAUCCGCCGUCUAUCUGUUUCAGCAGAGCAUGCAAAUCCACCUCAGAGCUUAAACAGAACCCACAGAAGCAACGACUCCCACCAUAUUCUCACAGGAAACGGUGGACCCAUCCACCCGCCUUCUAUAGCUUACUCGGGCGCGUCUACUACCCCGCAACAGAAGGUAGUGGUACAAGCCCUCAUAAACAACAGAAUAAAGAAUAAACUGCCAAUCAAUUCCGGCCUUUCUCUGGACAUUGUCGAGUCCGAUCCUGCGACACAGAGAGCGGUAUGCGCGCUCGUGGAGAUCGCGCACGACUCGUUAGACAUAAUAGCUUGGUCGUUAAGCGAACUGCUCGAACGACUCGCAAAGCAAGUCGAUGCAGACGGACAAAUGACCACCGAAGCAUUGCAAUCUCAGCUAUUUAUCUUGAAGAUUUUGUCGGUAUGUAUGACAUCAAGAUGGAAUCACCGACACGAACAGGACGACGCGCGCUCCUCUCGCACGGGCAAACCUCAGAAUGGCAGCCAGGCUUCUGGCCAUGUAGAGUCGCCAUUGCCGUCUUCAAGUCAGCAGGGCAAGAAGAUUCGGCAAGCUUCCACUGAGUUUUCCUCAUCUACACCACCGCCAUGGACAGAGGCUUACCCUCUGGACGACAACUGUGCACGUUAUAUCCUGAGUGUAAUGGUUCUUUAUCUACGUCAGACAGCAGCACCAGAGGCUCGACUCAUGUCAUCUUCAAAUCUGGCUCCCGACGCGUCAUUACACGAUUUCGAGUCAGUGGAUCUGCCGACAGAGUCAUCGGCGUUCGAUGAUUACACAGGAAACACUGGCCCUUUACUACCUCCUCAUAUAUCGCAUGGACCAAAGCCGAUCCUGAAGCUGAAGAACUCAUCUGCGUCAUUCCAAUCUGCUGUCAGUGCAACCUCAGGGCACUGGCAGCUAGGGCGUACGUUCCAGUUUGAGAGGACUCAUAUGGCACUCGUCAAAUCUGCACUUGCGCUAAAUCUCCUGAUCAGCAAGUUCGCAGGACGCAUCGUCUACCAUCUCUCUGCAUCAAACUGGCUGGUUGUCUUCCACCGAAUACGGCAGAAGAUCCACUUCCUCGCCAACACGACGGAGGAUAACCCUGAUACGAUUGAUUUGCAACUCAUGACUCAUAGUGCGAUGGACAGAGCGCGUCUCGUUCAAGUUCUGCAUGAGCUUUCUUCUCUUCUCGUGAACAUGAAACGACAGGCUCAGACAGCGGUUGCCAUCCCGUUACGUAUGGCAAUCUGGAAUUGGAUCGAAAUGUGCCCGCAGGAAUUCAACGAGGCAGUGAGAUCAAGAGGGAGACUCGAGGGUGCACCAGAGCGUGUCUUCGAUCUCCUGCACUCCGCGAAUGAGCCCGGCCGAGAGCGUGCGCUUUGGCCGACGUUGACUGUCCUUGCUUGUCUCGCUGCUGAGCGCCUGUCGCCAGAUUAUCAGAUCGAUGUCGAGAGUCGUUCCACAAACUUCUCUACUCACAAAUCCAGCCACAGGAAGGAUAUCCGAUUCGUAGAGGACCUACUCAGGCAUUCAAACACGAAUUCGAAGCUCGCUGAUGUCUCUUUUGUGUGUGCGAUCGACAUGUGUAAAGCUGGAUUUCGGAUAUCGCCCGAUGGCGAAAUGCCCCUCAGACAUAUUGCGGCAGACAUUUCCCAUGAAAUCAAGUCGACCUUGCAGAAGUCCCCCGGGCAGAAGCCAUUCUGGGACUCGUUUGAUGAAAUCGAUGUCGCCACCUAUGCUGAGGCACUUGUCGCUGUAUUCCGUUUCCUGUCGGAAGAGGAAUCAAUAUCGUUGUUCUUGGAUUGUUUGGAGCCUGAGCGGUCCGAUGCAGUGAAGAUUUGUGCUAUCAAGGCUGCUACCACCCUGUCCAUCGAGGCACCCCGUCUCCCUUGGCAGCAGUCCUUGGAGAAGCUCCAGAUCGCCAUCUCACCGCGCUUAAGAUGCAUCUACAAGACCGCUUCUGUGCGGCUGAGUGAAUACGACAGUGAUGGAGCUAUUCGCCGUGCAGCAUCUCGGCCCAAGGCCAAGCGCUUCACGUCCGAGACGCUGAUUGACAAGGACCUUAUGCUCCUCUCCAUUCUUGCGCUGUUGCGGGCAUCACCGGAUUACUACAUUGCCAACACCGAAGACUUAGACCUGGAUGGCUGGGUGGCGAUUUCAGCACGUGUUCGGGACUCAGAUACUGAUACGGCCGUCAAAAUUUCGGCUGCGACGUCGCACCAGCACCUCACGGAUCUCUUCUUCAAGAUGCCCCCGAAUGACCCUUACUAUAGCUUGAUCGAAGGGUGGAUGAAGAGUUCAAUGCCGAUGUCGUUGAUGUGCAUUGCUAAGAGGUUGCUGCUGACUAGGCUUGACCCUGAUAGCCAGAGGCUGUGGAUACACGUCGCUCAUCAGCUCGUCGAAUGCUACCACAGGAAGAGCGAGGACAACCAUGCUCGUGGUAUGCAAUUCGACAAAAAUCGUGUGCCAGCCUUCGCAAUGUCCGAGAUAGCUUUCUUAGUAUCGCUUACGUCAGUAAGCAGCGAUGUAUCGCAGCUUGCUGCCCAAGGUCUUCGUCUUAUCGCACAAGCUGAGCGACAACCUGGAGCUCCUGUGAACGAUGGCCUCACUGAGGAAGAACGCUCAAAACGAAACCCGAUAUACGAACAACUUGGUGAUCCCAGUGUCAUCAUCGUUGGACGUGUUAGAGAGCAGAAACGUGUACGGAAGCUCUUGCGCUUGGUUGCGAACUCCUCGCCCAUAAACAUUGCUGUUUGGGAAGAGUGCUUCUAUAGAUGGAGUGCACUCUCAGAGUUUGUCGUGCAGAAUCCCCUUGCCGCAGCAGCAGCCUUUGAUGACUCUCAUUUAAGCAAGCAUGAACAGCUCAUGUCUCUUGAGGACAAAUUCAUACAAUGGAGAAACCUCACAUUGUUCCUGGCGGCAUUCGGUGGUGUUACCGCGCAGGAAAAGCACGACCCUGGUGCCCUUACUGCUGCGAUCCCUGCUGAGUUCCUGCUCGAUGAUAUGCGUGCGCUGAGAGACCCAGCAGACCUCGUCACGAUAUUCAUCGAGUUCCUCACGGGUGCUCUUAUUGACGAUGUUGUUCGCGUUCGGGAAGUUGCGCGCGAAGCUCUGGGGUCAGAACUUAGUCCUCGUCUCUUUUCGAAGCUAUUCAAACAUCUUGACGAGAUCACGCGGAACAUCACGGCGGGAGCAGGUCUGGAGUUCAAGGAUGAAUAUGGCUUAUUCUUGGAUCAGUUGAUCUCGGUCCUGAAAUCACUCGUCGAGAACGCACAAAUGCCACCCGAUGAAGCUCUCAGCAUUGAUCUCGGGUCAAUCUUGCAUGUCCUCGUUGGAUUCAUUUCGCGCUUCAGUGAUCCAGUAUCGUAUCGGAUCCGGGUCAAAUUUUGUGCCCUCUGCGACAGUAUCUGCCAGCGUACGGACACGUUGACCCUGCGUAAGGACGACUUAUCGCGCAAUCGUAUCAUCGACAUUGUGAUGGAUUGGUUCCAGGAUCCAUUAUCAAACAUCGACUUCGACGCUAUUCAGUUUCAGUAUGAGUUGAACUUCGCGUCUCUUCGCUCAGUCGUCAAGCUCCUCGAACGCUUAAAACUCCAGCCGAUAGAUAACAAUUCAAAUGAUACUGAUGAUUUAGGACACGCGGUGUCACGCUUGUUUAUACGAUACUCCCAUGUUCUGCUGAGAGCUUUGGACAUAUGCCAGUCUGAUCCCAUAGUGCUUGACAGUACCUCAGACGUACCGUCUCUGCAAAAGAAAAUGCAAGCUUCUCAGAGGGAGGCCGAUAUUCGUGAUUUGGUCAUUACAGGACUUUCGCACCUCGUUAUCUCAAACUCUGAGAAUGCCGUCAAACAUUGCAUUGCUUCUGCAUAUGAUGGCGACAUAAGGAAACGAACUAUCUUUGUCCACGUCUUUGCUCGAGUGCUUGGACAAGGCACUAAGUUCGAGGCGCAAGGAAAUCCUGAAUUGCAAGCACGGCGAGAUCAAUUGCGAGAGCUUGUCAAAGGAUCAGACAUGGUGCUUGCGAUGGUAAUCUGCGAGUGCUGUCCUGCCAGUGAGGUCGAUAUGAUGAUUUCAGUGCUCAUGAACAUAUUCGACACGAGAGCCUCACUAGUUGCCUUGCUGAAAACUAUGAUUGACCGAGAAAUAGCUCACACUACUAGCGAGGUGGAUCUUUUCCGUGGGAAUUCAACUUGCACGCGAUUUCUCUCUGCCUUUGCGCGAAUACACGGGUACAACUAUUUGCGGGGUCUAAUCGUCCCUCUCAUCAAGACUAUGACGUCUAUGCCCGCGGGUCAUGCAUAUGAUCUAGACCCUGCCAAGGCUGGCCGAGACAAGCUUGAACAGAACCAGAGGAAUGUCGAGCUGGUUGCCUUAUCUUUCCUUGAUAUCAUCAGUUCCUCGGUCCCUGCCCUACCACCGAUGAUUCGAGAAGUUUGCGCUCACCUUGCGAAAUCAGUUUAUCAAGUUUGGCCAGAAUCGAAGUUCGCUGCCCUUGGUGCAUUUAUAUUUCUUCGAUUCAUUUCUCCAGCAAUCGUUGCCCCUGAAAUUGUUGAUGUCACAGUCCCCAGAGAUGAUGGCGGAGUCAUCCGCCGGGGUUUGAUGGUCAUAGCAAAGGUCAUGCAAAACCUCGCGAACAACAUUUUCUUCGCGAAGGAGGCUCACAUGCUUUGCUUGAACGACUUCUUAGGAGCGAACAUCGCGAGUAUCACACGUUAUCUGAGCGAAGUCAAUAAAUUCUCCUCUACUGCUGUCGACGAGGGGUCUACCGAGUGGUUGGGCACGACGGCAGAUGACACAGACACAAUUGUCCUUCAUCGUUUUUUGGACAAGCAUGCGGACAAAAUUGGUAAAGAGUUACUGAGUUAUCCCAAACUCAAUGCCUCCGGAGAAGAAGACGCGUCAACUGCUAAUGCAAAGCGCGCAUGGGACCACCUCUGCACGUUACUUGUGGAACUGCAGGAGGCUCCCGAUGUUCCUCAUUUCUCACAACUUCCUAGGUCCGAGCAUCGGGAAUUUAUUGACCUGAUGAGUCGCUGUGCCCACCGCAGUAUUGAAUCUGUGCAGGACAUUUUCGUAGCUGCUGACGUUCCUUCCGAUUUGCCUGCGGUGUUUGUCCUGCGAGUAUGCCAGAUUGAUGUCGAAGCUCUGGACAUCGAGUUGUUGAUGUAUCACAGCUUCAAGACAUUGUUGUCGCCCGCUUACGAAAAUCGGAAGUUUGAGGUCGUCUUGGAUUGUACCUCGUUCACCUCGACUUCUGAGAUACCUGCGCAAUGGCUAACCACCUGCUCGCAACUCAUUCCAAUUGACAUCCAACAUCGUUUUCUGACUUCAUAUAUCUUGAACCCUAACUCGCUCACUCAGAAGUAUCUGAGGCGAAUGUAUAAUAUUUCGUCAGGAAACAUGCUCUCGAGUGGGGUAAGGGCCUGCUCGUCAGUUGCCGAACUCUUGCAGUAUGUCCCGGCCGAAAGUCUUUCAGCACUUCGAUAUCCAACUUCUUUGGAGGAGGAAGCUAGCACUGGUUAUACGGAAGUCACCAUGAGGCAAACUCACGAGAUGCGCAUGCCAGUCACUAUGGAGGUUGCGGAGACUCAUGUCCGUGUUACUUCAAUACGCGCAGCUGUCAUCUCUCCGAACUUGAACUGCAAGUCGACAGAGAUCAUUUCUCUUGCUGAUGUCAGCGAUGCCUACAACGUAUCCACUGGACUCGAUCCCUACGAGUUCAUCAUUCGCAGAAGCAAGCAAGGUGUAACGUCCUACUUCUCUUCACCACAGCGUGACAGCAUUGUCAAGUCCAUUCGUGCGGCCAAAAGUCAAAUGAGGGACACGCGCCUUUUCCGCAUGGAUAGGUUCCCCAGGUUCUCCAAUAUCUCUACAACGCUACUCCAUGUAGGCAUGCUCAACAUCGACUCCGAAGAUGAGGGACUUCGCGGAGCUGCCUAUGAUCUUUUGGGUGCUCUCUGUUCUUAUCUAAACUAUGACAAGAAUCCCAUCAUUGUUUCGAAAGCGGGAAUUAUACCCGGAGACAUAUCUACAUUUGUCAUUGGACUGAGUGACCGCCUAGCUGGCUUUGCACCUAAACUCACACUCGACUUCAUCUCUGUCAUUUCCGCCGGCAUGGACAAGGCUAACGCUGCUCAACGUAUCACCUGCUUGCAGUAUAUGAGCCCUUGGGUGAAGAACCUUGCAAAAUUUUGCAAUCCAACCAAUUCAUUGUACGAGCACUCGGGAGCGAGACUGCGAGACUGCGUUCGUUCAUUGAUCGACCUCACCAUCUCUGACUUGGAGAUAAGCUCCAUGGUCCAUAAAUACAUCUGGGUGGAAAUAGGCCGUCAGGAAUCGACCCUCGUCUAUAUAGUUCUCGAAGAGCUCAUUCGUGCUGCGUCUGACGGCGGCAUUGGGUCCCGAAGAUGUGAGACCAUCGCAAGAACAACCGCUGCCUUGUCGUCAAUCAACGUUAGGGGGAGAAUUUUUUCAAAGUUAAGAAAAGUUCUUGGAAAAACUUCCCUCAAACCUUCCAAGACACUGCCGGAGAACGUCCACUGGAACGAGAUUGCCACCCUUGCUCGUUUCGCAUUGGUAGCCAGCAACCACUCGAAGCAAGCAGCUUACGAUCAACUAUACAUUCCCGACAUCAUCCACGUCGUUACGCUUAUCGCGGGCACAGGACAGACGUUGGUUCGCAAGUCAUUAUAUGGCGUAAUCAUGAACUUCCUUCAGUCUGUAUACCUUGUACGAGCUGAGGAUCCUAGCGCACCUGAAUUGCGCCUUCUGAUCGACGAACUCGUCAAGGUGGAGAACCUCACACUGUUCGGUCUCACUCGCCAGUCGUAUACUAGCGAGUAUUGCAAUUAUGAUCCUCCAAACGACAAGGCAAUGAUCGACUCUCAAGAAGCCUUGACUCGUCUGCUUGUUCGAGUGAUGGAAGUGACGUCCGGCUCAAGAGGCUUGCUUAAUAUCUGGCGCGCACGGUGGAUGAGUCUAGCAACAUCAACUGCAUUCCAGUUACCAGCGAUCAUUCAGUCACGCGCCUUCCUUGUCCUGGGCACUCUUGCAACUUCGGACGUCGACGACGACCUAGUGUAUCAGAUGCUGGUGGCGUUCAAGAACGCGCUAGGACAGUCUACAGAAUCAGACACGAUGGCGGUGGUUUGCAUGCUUCGGUGCAUUUGCAAAGUAGUGCCUUCUUUGACAGAAGGUUCCCGGUAUCUUUGCCAGAUUUUCUGGCUGGCCGUUGCUUUGUUGCAAUCCAGCUACACUGCAUUUUAUUCAGACGCUGCUGGGCUCAUGCGCGCGACAGUCGAGACGCUGGAAAAGCAUGGCGCCUUUGAAGGCAGUUCGAUACCCACCGUACUGCUGGACGGGCGGGUUUCACUGGAAGACACCGUUUGCCAACUUGACCACUUGCUCUGUCUCUCGUUCGACUCCAGUUUCUCCUUCACACUCGCCGCCAUUAUCUUCAAGGGUGUCCGCCACAAUCACCUCAGAUCGUCUGCCGAGCUCGUUCUGCGGAGUUUGCUGUCAGUCACCGCGCGAUGUGGCAACCAAACUGCAGAUGGCCCAGAUUCGGGCCUGUGUCCAGAUGCGCUUGGCUACUUCAUCGCCUUGCUCCCCUUCUGCACGACACACGAGUCUUACGUGCAACUCCUACAAGACUGUAAUGGAGAAGAGUUUUUGCCAGCACCAAACUCCUCUCGUCAAAAUGAUUUUGUUCCUCGCGUUUCCGUCGAAUUGCUGUCUCUGACAGACAACACAUCGGCACUUCUUGCAGUGUCGUUUGCGAGCACAUUGUUGACCACUGCACAAGGUGACGAUGCCGAGACCGAAAUUCUGUAUAAUUUGCUGGCAGAUAUCGGGGCUACCCACCCCGAGUCGGUUUCAAUGAUCUAUGACAUCCUGCAGGACAGGAUAAAAGAUGCCUUCGCAAAUUCUUCGAAUGCUGCAAUCAUUAGAGCUGUGACGAGCAUCUUCCGCAAUGCACAGGACUCCCUGCGCCUGGGAUCGUUACACUCGAUGUCUGUAUCCACGCUCAGUACGGUGGAUGAAUGCAAUCCAGCGCAAAGCCUGAAGCAGAAAUUGGAAGAGCUGGGUAUGGACGGCCUUACAACGAGCUUCCAGUUUUUGGCUCCAAAUCGAAUUCAUUGGUCGAAGAUUGCUGCUUGGAUAUCCGACCUGGUUCUGAAAAUUGUUGGCUUGGAAUAAUCUUUUCAGCAUGCUCUGUUUUCUUCAUGGACAUCAUGUAGAACAUAUAUUGUACUUCUAACUUGCAUCAUUCCAGUUCUGUCUUCCGCACAUACUUUACACAAUGAUCCGAAUAUCGCUAGUACUAUUACUGCUAAUGCCACGUCGUUCCACGACAUAGGGUACACAUACGAUUGAAUAUAUAUCAUUAUGAUUUUGCUG